CUUUUUGCUUAUGAUAAUUUUCCCCCUCUGCGGCUGUCCAAUUAGCAAACCCACUGAUAACGUAAGCUGAGAGGCACCCAUGGCACACCACAUCGCCCAAAUCACCCACUACUUCUCCUAGCAACCACAAUUGACCACAACUUCGAUAUGCGAACACGCCAAGGGACAAUUAUACAAUAGUCCUGUCCGUUCGGUUCGAUUUGGAACGUAGUACGUCGUGGCUGCGCUCCAAGGAGAUGAAGAAGUUCCGCGCCAAGGCCAGCUCCCUGCCCAUUUUCAACGGUCGGAUAACGGACGCCACCACACUGACCACCAGCUCGCUGCAGCUGCCCUUGGGUCAGGUGCGGAAGCAGCCGUCCACCUGCAAAAGGGAUAGGGUCCUGCCCACGGUUUUCACCAUUACGGACGGCACGACCGGAGCGGCCAGUACCUCCUUGGCGGAGGCCAUGUCCAGCAGUAAGGCGCUGGUGCCAGUGCCCGCCUCGCGGCAGGAUAACCUCCUCCAGCUCAGUGUUCCCCGGGAGUGUGGCUCGGUGGCUGGUCCGGAAUUGGCCAACUACGAGAAGGUGCGAGUGGUGGGACAGGGCUCCUUUGGCAUCGCCAUCCUCUAUCGACGCAAGUCCGACGGCCAUCAGAUCGUCUUCAAACAGAUCAACCUGAGCGAACUGACGCCUCCUGGUCGGGACUUGGCCAUGAACGAGGUGGAUGUCUUCUCGAAACUACAUCAUCCGAAUAUUGUGAGCUACUUGGGAAGCUUUAUCAAGGACAACACUCUGCUCAUCGAGAUGGAGUACGCGGAUGGAGGAACCCUGGCCCACAUCAUUGCCGAGCGUCACGGAAAAGUGCACUUUCCAGAACGCUAUAUAAUAGCCGUCUUCGAGCAGAUCUCCAGCGCCAUAAACUAUAUGCACUCGGAAAACAUACUGCAUCGGGAUCUAAAGACAGCGAAUGUGUUUCUCAACAGAAGAGGCAUCGUAAAGAUCGGGGACUUUGGUAUUUCCAAAAUAAUGAAUACCAAGAUUCAUGCCCAGACUGUUUUAGGUACACCCUACUAUUUUAGUCCGGAGAUGUGCGAGGGCAAGGAGUACGACAACAAGAGUGACAUUUGGGCACUGGGCUGCAUUCUGGGCGAGAUGUGCUGCCUGAAGAAGACCUUCGCUGCCUCCAACCUUUCCGAACUGGUGACCAAGAUCAUGGCCGGCAACUACACGCCCGUGCCGACGGGUUACACCUCUGGACUGCGCAGCCUCAUGUCCAAUCUGCUUCAAGUGGAGGCCACCCGGCGACCCACUGCCUCCGAGGUUUUGGUCUAUUGGAUUCCGCUGAUAUUCCGCAGUCUUGGAAAGAAUAAAGGCUACUCCUAUGAGGACGACUUGGGUGGCAUUAGUGGCAAUCAACUUACGGCUGCUUCUGCUGUUCCGGCCGCUGCCCGCAGCAAUGUGUCCAUGGAGCUGGAACUGCCCACCGCCCAGACGGAGACCAAGCAGCUGAUGAGUGCGGAGACGGCGGCCCCGCACGAGAUCCUCGAGAAACGAUCCGUGCUGUACCAACUGAAGGCUUUUGGCACCUGCUUCAGCAUGGCGCCCAUCCAACUGCCGCCCAAGGCCGUCAUCGUGGGCGUGGCCAUGUCGGACUCGCACUUCGUGGUGGUUAACGAGGACGGAUCCGCGUACGCCUGGGGCGAGGGUAACGACGGCCAGUUGGGCCUGACGGCUCUCGAGGCCUGGAAGCACUACCCCAGUCGCAUGGAGAGCGUGCGCAAGUACCAUGUGGUGGGCGCCUGUGCCGGCGAAGGCUUUACCAUCCUGGUCACCCAGGCGGGCACUCUGCUCAGCUGCGGCAGCAACUCGCAUCUGGCCUUGGGGCAGGACGAGCAGCGCAACUACCACAGUCCCAAGCUGGUCGCCCGCUUGGCGGAUGUGCGGGUGGAGCAGGUGGCCGCCGGACUGCACCACGUGGUGGCCUUGAGCCGGGAGGGAGCGGUCUACGUGUGGGGCACCAGCACCUGCGGAGCCCUGGGCCUGGGCAACUACCAACAACAACAGAAGUAUCCCCAGAAGAUUCUUCUCUCGCAUGUGAAAACCAAACCAUCCAAGAUUUACUGUGGCCCCGAUACCUCCGCCGUUCUAUUUACCAACGGAGAACUCCAUGUCUGUGGCAGCAAUGACUAUAAUAAACUCGGUUUCCAACGCCCAUCGAAAAUCACAGCUUUUAAGAAAGUCCAACUGCCGCACAAGGUGAUCCAGGCCUGCUUCUCGUCCACCCACUCGGUGUUCCUAGUGGAGGGCGGCUAUGUCUACACCAUGGGUCGAAAUGCGGAGGGCCAGCGCGGGAUCGGGCACUGCAACUCGGUGGAUCAUCCCACCCUGGUGGAUUCUGUCAAGGCCCGAUACAUUGUGAAGGCUAACUGCAGUGAUCAGUGCACCAUCGUGGCCUCGGAGGACAACAUCAUCACGGUUUGGGGCACUCGCAAUGGUCUGCCCGGGAUCGGGUCGAGCAACAGUGGCUUGGGACUGGAGGUUUGCACACCCAACACGGAAUUGGAGCUGGGCAACAACACAGCGGCCUUCACAAACUUUCUGGCUUCGGUGUACAAGUCCGAGUUGAUCCUGGAACCUGUGGAUAUAUUGGCUCUGUAUUCCUCCAAGGAGCAGUGCGACCGAGGCUACUACGUCCAGGUUCACGAUGUCUAUCCCUUGGCUCACAGCGUUUUGGUGCUGGUGGACACGACCACGCCACUCAUAUCCUCCUAUGAGGGCGACUGCCCGCCGCAGCUGUAGG